UGACCUCACCCGCGCAGAUAUAAGCCGCGGCCCCGCCGCGAAGCGGGCAGUCGGGGCCGGGGUCCUGCCAGCGCCCCCCGCCUCCUGAUCCGCGGACUCUGGACCCCAGAACUCCGAACUCGGAGCCCCAGGAUCUCGGACCGGUCCCGGGGAGCUGGCGCCCCGCAGGCUCCGCGAUGCCUGGCCCUUGGUUGCUGCUCGCUUUGGCGAUGACCUUGACUGUGGCUGGUAUUCCGGGAGGCCAGGCACAGCAGGAGGUGGCCCAGCAGGAGGCAGCGAUGGCCGGUGAGCACGCAGCCCUGGACAACCUCUUGCGCCAGGCAGAGCGCCUCCUCCUCCUCCGGGAAGACUUCCUGCGACUGCGAGGGAACCAGGGUGAUGGAGAAUCAGAGUCCCAGAUCAUUCAACCCGACUGGCUCGCCAAGCGUCAGCAUCCUGGCAAAAGGGAGCAGGAAGCAGAAGAGGGAGUUGAUGAGGAGGAAGAAGGAGGGGCUGUGGGCCCCCACAAACGGCAGCACCCUGGCCGUAGGGAGGAUGUGGCUGCGUGGUCAGAUGGACCCCAGCAGAAGCGGCAGCACCCAGGCAGACGGCUGGUGGAUCCUAAGGCCCAAAGGAGCUGGGAAGAAGAGGAGGGGGGGGAGGAGGUAGAGCUGAUGCCCGAGAAACGCCAGCAUCCGGGCAAGAGGGCUCUGGGAGGCCCAUGUGAGCCCCAGGGAGCCUGUGGUCAGGCCGGCCUCCUGCUGGGCCUCCUGGAUGACCUGAGCAGGGGUCAGGGGGCUGAGAAGCGGCAGCAUCCUGGGCGGCGGGCUGCCUGGGCCAGGGAGCCCCUGGAGGAGUGAACCCAGCUUCCUAUAAAGCUUGAGGUCUAAGAAUGUCUUAAGUCCUGUGGGCCCUAUCCCUUUGUGACCCUCUCUUUCCCUCUUCCUUAGAUCCCUGACCAUGAGCCCAAGUCCUCUGUAUGUACAACACCCAGUUCCCUGGCCUUGUCCCCCCUCCCCCUUCAGGGACACGAGAAAGCGAGCCUCUGAGUUAAAACCCUGUAUUAUCCCACCUUACACUGUUGGCAAGGGGACAGAUCCCAGAGUCCCUCUCCUCGCACCCCCACAGGCUGCGCCCCUUCCUUAGCCCUGGCUAAAAAUGAUCCUUCUGUGUCUUUUAAGGGAUCCCCAGAGAGGAGUAGGGUGACUGGGUCUGGCAGCCAGUGAGGUCAGGGUGGGAUUGAAGGUGUGAUGUCCAAAUCCAGUUUCUAUCCCCUUGCUCCACGAGUCAAGAUUUGCCACAUGUAAACUUCACCUCCAGGACACAGGAUCUCCUCCCCUUCUCGGGCUUCCUUUGUGGGUGGACAGAGCCCUGACCAUGGCUGUGCUCUGCUUAGGGGAAGCCUUGCAGGCGGAGGCCUCCUGUGCUGUGCUGCUGUGUGGUGGCUGUGGGAAUAAAUAGGCUCAGGCAUGUGUAGACAGCCCUGAAAGCUGAACUUGUACAUAACCCUCAGGUGCCUCCCCCUUGUCCAUGAUAAUCAUCUGAAUGAUAAUAAAACAAGCAU